AUGGGACGUCGUGCGAGAAAUAAACAAGGCCCUCCUGCUCCUCUCGAUGGACCCAAGAAGUUUGACAAAAAGCAAAACAGAAAGAAGGGAAAGAAUACUGAUGUCAAGAGAAAGCGACAAGCUUCGGACGAGGAACCGAUCUCGAAAAAGGUAAAGGCCGAUGCUGCCGUUACCAAGCAAUCGGUAGCCCAAUCCAAGUCUGCAGUCAAGCAAGUCAAUGGAUCCAAGAAGAAUGACAAAGCUCCCAAAGCUGCUCCCGCUUCUGAUCUGUGGGACGACAUGGAACCUGCUUCGGAUGACGACGACGAAGACGAAGAAGAUAUCUUGGCAGGUCUCGAAGAGGCCGGUGAAGAAGACGAUGACGAUGAAUUCGGUAUGGAACAGUUGGGCGAUGAAGACGAUGAGGACAACGACGACGAACGCAUCUUUCCCAAAUCUUCAACCGAUUUCCUCGGUUCUGAUUCCGAACAGGAAGAAGAGGACCAAGACGAAGCAGCCAUGGCCGAAGCUGAAUUGCAGGAUUCGAUGCAGACCAAUAUCUUGGAGGAAGGCGAACACUUCCAGCUUCCCGACGAGGAGGAUGAGGAACAAUUGGUGGCGGAUGUGACAGUUGUCAAUCAACGUAUCCAGGAGAUCGUGAACAUUCUGAACAACUUCAAAACCAUGCGUGAUCCCAGCAAGUCUCGUCAGGAUUACGUCGAUCGUUUGAUCAAAGAUAUCGCUCAUUAUUACGGUUACUCGCAUUUCUUGGCGGAAAAGCUUUUCCAUCUAUUCCCUGUGUCCGAAGCCAUUGAAUUUUUCGAAUCCAACGAAGUCCCUCGACCCGUGACCAUUCGUACCAACACAUUAAGAACCCGCCGUCGUGAUCUUGCCCAAGCACUGAUCAACCGUGGCGUAAAUCUUGACCCCAUUGGUAAAUGGAGCAAGGUCGGUUUGCAAAUUUUUGAUUCUCAAGUCCCCAUCGGUGCUACCCCGGAAUACCUCGCUGGUCACUACAUGCUUCAAGCGGCUUCCUCGUUCUUGCCCGUUAUGGCCCUCGCACCCCAACCUAAUGAACGUGUGUUGGAUAUGGCCUCGGCUCCCGGUGGUAAAACAACCUAUAUUGCGGCACUUCAGAAGAACACCGGUACGGUGUUUGCCAAUGAUGCAAGCAAAGAUCGUUUGAAGAGUUUAAUAGCCAAUAUCCAUCGUAUGGGUGUGAAGAAUGCGGUGGUCUGCAACUACGAUGGUCGUGAAUUCCCCAAGGUGAUUGGUGGUUUCGAUCGCGUAUUGUUGGAUGCUCCCUGUUCCGGUACUGGUGUCAUUUCCAAGGAUCCUAGUGCUAAAUUAAACAAGACUGAAAAAGAUUUCAUCGAUAUUCCAUUCCUUCAAAAACAACUGAUUUUGAGUGCCAUUGAUUCCGUGGAUGCCAAGUCCGAAACGGGUGGUUACAUUGUCUAUUCUACGUGUUCGGUGGCUGUGGAGGAAAACGAAGCAGUUGUCAACUACGCUUUAAGUAAACGUAACAAUGUGAAAUUGGUGUCUACCGGUCUCGAUUUUGGUCGCGAAGGCUUUGUAUCAUACCGUGGAAAGAACUUCCAUCCCAGCGUCAAGUUAACUCGACGAUUCUAUCCUCAUGUGCACAACAUGGACGGUUUCUAUGUUGCUAAAUUCAAGAAAUUCAGCAACAAGUUUGACGAUAAGAAGGGCAAGGAUGACGCCUCAUCAGAUCAAGCAGAUGAUGGUAUGGAAGUCGAAGCACUAGAAGAAGAAUGGACCGGAUUCAAUGAUGAAGAAGAUCAGAAACUCAUUGAAGGUAAUUUUACAAAUUGCAUUUAA